CUUGCUACGUUGGACGGCACGAUAAUGUUGGUCAAAGACGAAAUCAUUUUGUGGUCCAUGCAAGUAGCUCAUCAGAUAUUCGCUUUAUGUCGAUUAGACGUAACCGGUGACGGAACCGACGAGAUAAUUGCUUGCGCUUGGGACGGGCAAACUUAUAUUUUGGAUCAGAAACGAAACAGCGUACGUUUUCAAUUCGAAGAGCCGGUCAGAGCGUUCUGCACCGGUAAUUACAACGUCACGCCUGGAGUUUCGACGCCUUGCCUCGUGUACAACACCUUCAACAAUAAGAUCUAUCUCUACUACGACGUAACGCUUCCAAGUAUGGUUACCAAACCAUUGAACCCUUUCGAAGAAUUGGAUCCUGAAGAAAAGAAAACAUUGGACGAUCUUUUAGGCAAUUGUAGCGACACGGAGAGACAACAAAAGAUGCAGCAAUUAACGGAGUGGCUGUUGUACGGAAUGUCUUGAGAUUUAUACAGUCCAUAAGAUAAUAUUGUAAAAGGAAAA